CGCAGCGGGCGCAAAAAAAAAGUCUGAUGUCUGCGACCCAUGAAAACAGCGGAAAUGUUUUCUAAAAGCUGCUUUUGUUUAAUGGUAUUUUUUCAAUGACUCCAGCUGUUACAAUAAAUGGAGCUGGUUUAAAUGACAUUCAGUCAUGGCUGAGGAAACAGCAGCAGAAAUCCAGCUACUCAGAAGCCAGAAGGCCAAGCUAAUAGAAAUUCUAAGUAGCGAUGCCGACUUUGUGCUGCAGCAUGCGGACUCUCGCUGUCUGCUGUCUCUUCACGGAUACCAGCAGGUGAAAGCCUGCCGUAAUCCUAGUGAGAAGGUGACAGACCUUCUUGAUCAUAUCAUCCAGAGAGGGCCUGAAGCAGCACAGGGACUACUUGAACUACUGAAGGACCAGGCCCUUCAGGAAACCUUCCCGCUACUUCAUUUUAUCAAGGAUCUGCAAGUGAGCACACUGUCUUCAGAAACAACAAGAAAGAAAAGACAAGCUCCUGAAUUACAAGAGACCAUGCCAGCCAAACAGAUCUGCAAUAAUGGCUCUCACUUAGUGACGGAGAAGCAGUUAAUGACCGUGGCUCGUGCCAUUGGCAGAUGUUGGCGGGAGAUUGGCAGACUGGCCCUGGGCAUCCACUCCGUGAAGCUGGAGCAGAUUGAGGAGGACCACAUUCUCCACGUGGAGCGAGUGUUCGCCAUGCUGCGCUACUGGCGUAUCCGCCAGAGGGAAAAAGCCACCGCAGCUCACCUGCACUCCCUGCUCAGUCGGGAAGACUGGGCGCUGCCACCUGAAAGAAUUGACUUUCUGUUGGACACCGACUGAGGCCUUCACUGUCUGGUUAC